AUGACGACGACAUGCGAAGAUGUGCGCGGCGCUUUGCAGAACUCCGGCGCGAUGGCAAAGACGCCGUCGGAGCCCUUUUCGACCAACGCGGUGAAUCGCAGUCUCUCGGACCUGCACACCCCCACCUGGUAUUUGCUCCUUGGGCUAAGCUCCGGGGUCCGGACGGUGCUGUUGCACCCCUUGAACCUUGCCAUUUCGCGCAAGCGCGUGAUGCAAGAGAACACGCCGCCGUCGGUGGUGCACAUCCUGUCCCAGGCCUACCGAGGCGAGUUCGGCGCACACUCGGCCACCGCCAAGAAAGGGGUGAGGGCCAUUUAUCGGGGAUUUGGUGUUGCAUUCGUUGGAAAUCUUGUCGGUGAGGUGGCAUACCUUCACACACUAGAGUUGGUGCGGGAGCAUCUGGAGACUCCGCCAUCGCUUCCAGAGGGUGACGCUUCCUGGCAAGGACGCGAUUUCACUGCCAGUAGUCACGCUGCAGCCGCAGGUGGCGUGGCGGGUAGUUUGGCUGCCCUUCUUAUUGCCACACCGAUGAGUGUCGUGUGCAAUCGGCAGAUGACGUCCGGCUAUGGUAUGUCCGCGAGAAACAUGUAUGGAUCUGCUUGGGCGACGGGGCGGGAGGUUUGUCGUCUGCAUCAGCAACCAAAUACAACCCUGCUUCGUCGUGGAGGCGAUGCCCUUCGUGGGCUUUAUGCCGGCCUCUUGCCUGGCAUCGCGGCGCUCCCUGAGAGUGCGAUGUGGUGGGGCUUGUACAGCAAGAUGAAGGUUGUUCUCUACACACUUUUUGAGCCAACGCUGUCGCGGUGGGAACGCGAACGAGGGGCGAAUGAUGCUUCCCAGCCACUGUGGCGGCAAAAUUGGCUGCUGUCUCCCACAGACAACCCCGCACUGAACGCCAUGGCAGGCAUGUGCGCCAGCGCCAUCACGACGAUGGUGUUUAACCCGCUUGACGUUCUGCACACAAGGCUGCAGGCCCUGCCCGUGGAAAAGUGCAGUAGGGCAGAGAGCGUGCCCUUUGGACGCGUCUACUACAUCGUAAAUAACCUUCUCCGGAGAGAGGGCUGGCGGGGGUUAUUCAAAGGCACCGCGGCGAACGUGAGCGUUUGUGUCCUGGAUGGGGUUUUUUUCUCACUACUUUUUGAACUCACAAAACUUGGCAGCGAUCGGGAGUUUCUGAGCCAACUUUAG